CUGAAGGCUACUUGGCAUGUUCGACGUCGCCCUACUGCGUGUGCCAUGUUCUAAGGCGAAUAUCGUUGCCUCAACGCACCGACCGUUCUUUUGGGCUCCAGACGACAGCAGCUUGAUUUCCGUUGGACCUGUUAAAUUCUGGACGACCGUGUGUAGCUCAACAUCUCGAAUAUCUUAGCGAAUAUGGUCAUGCCAACAUAAUUCGAAAAUUUCUGGUCGACCUUGGACUGUCAACGUCAAUGGGACAUGCUAUUAGUCUAUAACAUAUCCACCGAUGGACAAGGGGACAUCCUCUCGACGAAACCUCGCUACGUUAUCGUUAUCAUCAUCCUGACCGAGUCUCUGUCGCCGUACUCCCUCUUCUGCCCACUGAUCUCGUUGAUGCUGGGAUAUCUUCUGUCAUCACGUACGGUUCCAAGCUGUGCUUCCGCUGGGCACACCGGAUGGCUCGAAGGUUCUAAUUUCCUUUUUGGUCGAGGUGUUUAUUGAAGCCCGAGUUCCCUCUGCGACUUCGUGGAUUCGAGGAAGCUGGUAUGCCGUGAACAUCUACUGCUUUUCAAGGCCUUACGGGCGCAGGAAAAAGAGGUAGCCUGAAUUGGCAGUCUCCUUGUUCAGGGCGAAGAUCAGUGUUUGUGGGUUGAGUAUUACCGGGUAUUUAAGAUGUCGAGUAUCAGCCUGCUAGAAUCAGUACUGCAGCGUCGUCUCAUACAGUCAAACCCCUGCACUUCACACUCGAACACUCCCUCAACAUGAAGUUCUCGGCUGUCGUUACUUUCGUCGUCGCCUGUGCUGCUACACUCAUCUCAGCUGCUCCUGCACCAGGCCCCGCUGCUGUAGAGGCUCGGGAGGCAUCGCCCGACCCGCAAUGUCUCCGCCGCUUCUGCGCUUAA